CACAAGCGACCCAAGGGUAAACAAACCUCUUGCGAUCAUCCGCGUCCUACGCCUGGUUGCUAAUCGGACAGCAGGUAUUCUGAAGAACUCCAGCUCUCAGGUGCCCCAGGUCGCGCAGCAUGCUCACGCUACUUUGACGAUCCCUUCAACCUCGGCCGACCCUACGGACACCAAGGAACUUACGCUUCAGAACACCCUCCAGAAUGCCGGUCGACGUCGGUCGUCAUCCAACACUCGCCCCGGGUCUUCGUCGCGACGACAGUCUCUUGCCAGCAUCCACGGUCAUCACGACGACUCGUCGCCCCGCCUGAAGUGGGACGAGGCCAACCUGUAUCUGACGGAGCAGGAGAAGACGGCCAAGAUGAAGAUCGACGAGCCCAAGACCCCCUAUGCGCCGCGCUAUGACCCCGCCGAGGAUGAGGACGAGCUGGCGGGCGAGGAAAGUCUGAUUGAUGCGCAGGAUAUAGUGGUGGACGAACUGGACAAGACGAAGAAGGCGCCCAAGAAGACGGUCGCAGAGGACGAUAUUCCGGAGUUGGAGCUGGGAGAGGCCGAGGAGUAUGGUGGUGAUGCGCAUAUGGGAGAUGCCGAUCGGAUUGUGCGCGAACGAAGCUUGAGCAAUGACUCACAUCGGGGCGGGAAGCACGUUGUGGUCGGGGCUGGCGAGCUGAACGGCGAAACCGAGUCUGGUGGAGAUACGUUGAUGACGGCGGGCGAAGCCGAGGAAAAGCAUCGCCAGUUCGAGCAGCAUCGGAAGAAGCACUAUGAGAUGCGGAACAUCAAGGAUCUCCUUGCCCACCCUGAGGAUCUCGAGGACGAAAUGGACGAAGACGAAGAUGAGGGGGACAGCUCAAGUGCCGCGGUGCCGCCCCCGAUGCCUAGGAUCCCGGAGCGAUUUCUAAAUGGAGGAAAGUGAGGGUGCGAAAGGAAUGGACGGACGGGACUAAGUUAUCACUCUACUCGAGAAGGAUUACGAGAAGAGGUGAUAGGAAAAUAGGAUGGAGGGAGGGACUAGUUGAUUCUUGCUGCAUUAACGGACUCUGUAUAUUCCCCAGCGUUGUUUAGUCAUGAUGGGACGGACUUGUAUGAAUCUAUGGGAAGUACUU